UUUUGUAAGAGAAGCCGGUAGAGCGGGCGAAAAGAAGAAAAAUCGGGAAUCGGAGAUAUCUGUAAAAAUCAUAGCGGUGGAGAAGAAAAGGCCGAGCGACGCGGUUUAAUCGCUGCGAAGCAUCGGCGAUCGAAAUUGUCCGUUGAAGGCGUGCUCGGUGGUUAAAGUGAUGUCGGUAUCCAGCGGCUAGCGCCGGCCUCAGGAUUCCGCGAAGCGCGAGCUUCAAGUAUCUCGAGGGCGCGGGCCUCGUCGAGAUGAGCGGUGGCAGCGGCGGGAACAACGCCGGCAACCAGGGGAACGGCAAUGCCACCAGCUAUCACCAGCAUCAGCAACAACAACAGCAGCAGCAACAACAACAACAGCAACAGCAGCAGCAGCAACAGCAACAAACCCAGCUGGAGCAAGCUAGCUUGCUGACAGAUCUGAACGGUAUCGACCUGGCGAUGAGCCUGUCGCCCAAACAGCAUUCGUCCCACGUACAAGCCGCUGGUGGCGCUCAUACCACUCCGUUCAGCGUCACUGACAUUCUCUCACCCAUCGAUAACGAGUCGUUCAGGAAGCUGGAGCAGGUGAUCGGCGUCGGCGUGGUCACGCAUUCUCAGGUAUCGCCUUACGGAAACGCGUGCGGCGCCCGUGUCGGCGGCAAUACCGGUAGCUCGAGCGCGAGCAGCGGCAGUCCACCGCUUCACGGAGGCUCGACGCCCGGUGGCGGCACACCCGGACCGGUUUCCGGUCCGAACGACGCCGCCGGAGGAGGCAGCGGCGCUGCCGGUGCCGGCUCAGGCAUGACCGCCAUGGGCAAUCCUUACGCGACCAUGCAACUCACCUCGCAGUAUCAGUACUGUGCCGCGGAAUUAUCCUAUCAUCAUGCGGGGCCAGCGGUCGCCGGAGGCGCGACCGCCACCGAUCCCAUGAGAUCCCAUCAUCCGUGGUACGCGCCUACACCGUCGGCCACCAACGAUCCCCGCUUUGCCAUCUCGCGGCUGAUGGGCGCCGCGGCGGCGGGCGCCGGGACCAACAUGGCCGGCUGCCCUGUGGGCCAGUCAAUGGGCGACGUGACCAAGUCGUCGGGUAUGGGAGUGGGCGUCGGCGUCGGCGUCGGUGUCGGCAUGGGCGUCGGCGCCAUGCAAUUCCCCCACCUUCCCCAAAGACGAAAGCGUCGCGUUCUGUUCACUCAGCAGCAGGUUCACGAGCUCGAGAGGCGGUUCAAGCAGCAGAAAUACCUGAGCGCGCCCGAACGGGAACACCUAGCCGCCCUAAUUCACCUUACGCCCACUCAGGUGAAAAUAUGGUUUCAAAAUCACCGAUACAAGUGCAAGAGACAGGCGAAGGAGAAGGCGAUGGCCGAACAGAAUGCUCAAAAUCAGAGCGCGAGUUCGCCGCGACGAGUGGCUGUGCCGGUGCUCGUGAAGGACGGGAAGCCAUGCGGAAGCGGUGGCGGAGGCGGAAACGAGGGCAGCCGCGGUGGACCAAGCGCGGCCUUGGCGAGUCCAGCCCCUCACAUGACCGCGGCGUCGAGCCCUCACGGUUCUCAUCACGCGGCCUCCUCGGUGCCUCAUCACUCGGUGGUCGGUGUGAACCACGUGAUAACGUCCAGCCAGAGUCUUCAGCAUUGCUCGUACCCGAGAACCGGUACCCAGCAGAGCAUGCAGCAGCAACAGCAACCGCAAUGCGGUGCGUACCUGCCGUUCCAAGGACGGGCUUGGUAGUACAUGCCAUCCGCGGCGGGGGCUAAUCCCUCCGUCGCAGGUCCAGCUGCCUGGUAUCCUAUGGAAGACAGCCCCUAGAAAGAGUCCUGUGUCGCGUACUCCGAUCUGUGUGAGUCGUUUCUAGAACAGCUUACCUGGCCAGGAUCAUUGGAAUUGAACGACGAGACUGAUCUAGGGGAGACUGUCUUUCCUUGGUGACGAAUACUCAUCGCAGACACUGGAAAAAGACUCGGUGAAAUUGGUUUAUCGAGACGAUACGUCUGCCUGUUAGGAGACGCAGACACGUUUAGUAAUUUGUCCAACGGACAAAGAUGGACUGGUUGUUCGAGAGAUACGUAAGAAGAGAAAAUUCUGCGUGAACCGCAGGACGGUUAUAAUUGAAGUCAGUGAUCAACGUGAAUGUCCCUCUCUUGUAUAGGGUCUGGAAUGUGCGAAUCGCUCAAGUAUCGGUUGCACGUCUGCAUCGAUGCAGGCUUCGAAGAGGUUGCAUCUCGAUGGAUCUGAAAAAUUUGCAAAUACGAACAAGUUUCUUAGAUACAAAGUACUUACAUCAGUUUUCUCAUUCGUUUUGUCAAUUAUUAUAGAGAUAACAGUUCUGUUUCCUGUUGAGUUCGAAGAUCUGUCUUACGGAAACAGUCCUUCUAAAUUUGAAGAACGUCCAAAUUUCGACGCAUAUUCAAUUUGAUUCUACGUUGUAAAAGAAAUUUGAUAUCUGCAAUAACAGAAACGAACCUUACUUGUUUAUCGUGAAAUGAAAUCUUGACAACGAGUUCCGCUGGAAAACGUGUUGGACUACUUACCGUUCCAUUGUUACGUCGGUUCG